AUGAAAGAAGCAUUCAUCCUCCUGAUUCUCAUCGCCUUCAAAGUGGCGGCGCUAUCUGCAACCACUUCUGGGAUCUCCAUAGCGUUGCCGGGGUGCCCUGACAAGUGUGGCAACGUGUCAAUCCCAUACCCUUUUGGCAUCGGCAAUGGCUGCGCCGCAGCUAGCUUGAACAGCUACUUCACCGUCACCUGUAACAGCACCUUCCAACCCCUACGACCAAUGAUUGGUGGCCCUUCGGGGUUAUCAGAGAUCAUUGACAUCUCCCUGGAGCGUGCUGAGAUGCGUGUUUACGGCCCCGUCAGCUACAACUGCUUCGCGUCGAACACCACAAUCAUGGACAACUACACCAGCGGCUUCAACUUGGUGGGUACGCCGUUCAUCCCCUCAACCAAACGCAACCGCUUCAUGGUCAUUGGCUGCAACACCAUGGGUAUCAUUGGUGGCUACCUGCACAGCAACCCAGACCUGUAUGUGGCCGGCUGCUACUCCUACUGCCAGGGCAUCAACAGCACGUCUAACGGUGCCCCGUGCACUGGGAAGGGCUGCUGCGAAACCACCAUCACCCCAAACCUCACCGACUUUGCGGCGCUCUUGAUCAUCAACCAGAGCAGUGUAUGGACAUUCAACCCAUGCUUCUACGCUAUGCUUGCAGAGGUUGGAUGGUACAGCUUCAGGCAGCAGGACCUUGUCGGGCGUCUUGGGUUCAUCAACGAGAGAGCCAAGAGAGGUGUCCCUGUUAUUGCUGACUGGGCCAUCAGAAAUGGCUCCUGCCCAAAGGAUGGAGCAACGGCGCCAAUGGGUUAUGCAUGUGUCAGUUCAAACAGCUAUUGUGUGGGUGCAACCAAUGGCCCAGGCUACAUGUGCAACUGUUCUGAAGGAUAUGAGGGCAAUCCUUAUCUCCCCAGAGGCUGUCAAGACAUAGAUGAGUGCAAGCUGCAUAAGCAAAACUCCAAGUAUACAGAAUUAUACCCAUGCAGAAAUGGGGUAUGUCGCAACAUACCAGGAGGUUAUGUAUGCAAAUGCGGGAUAGGAAAAAAAUCAGAUAGCAAAAAUUCCGGAUGUCAACCUGUGCUAACCCAAGCUGAACAGGUGGUUAUAGGCCUCAGUGUUUCCUCAGUUGUGGUGAUAGCAUUGGCAUGCCUGUUGGCCAUGAAAUUUCAAAGAAGAAAGCACAGGAAGGAGAAGGACGAGUAUUUUAAACAAAAUGGAGGUCUGAAAUUAUAUGAUGAGAUGAGGUCAAGGCAAGUGGACACCUUUCAUAUACUUACAGAGAAAGAGGUAAAGAAAGCCACAGAAAACUACAGCAACGAUCGAGUUCUUGGUUGUGGGGGUCAUGGAAUGGUUUACAGAGGAACUUUAGGUGAUGGCAAAGAAGUUGCCAUAAAGAAGUCCAAAGUAAUCAACGACGACUGCAGAGAAGAAUUUGUAAAUGAGAUAAUAAUAUUGUCACAGAUUAACCAUAGGAACAUCGUGAGGUUACUUGGUUGCUGCUUGGAGGUAGACGUUCCAAUGUUGGUGUAUGAGUUCGUAUCCAAUGGUACCCUCUUUGAGUUCCUUCAUAGCAAUGAUCAUAAAUCAAUAAUCCCAUUGGAUCUUCGACUGAAGAUUGCUACACAAUCAGCAGAGGCCCUUGCUUACAUCCAUUCAUCAACUUCUCGCACAAUUCUGCAUGGGGAUGUCAAAUCACUCAAUAUACUUUUGGAUAAUGAAUACAAUGCAAAAGUUGCAGAUUUUGGAGCAUCGGCACUGAAGCCCAUAGACAAGGAUGAUUUCAUCAUGUUUAUCCAAGGAACUCUUGGGUACCUUGACCCUGAGUCUUUUGUCAGUCAUCACCUUACUGACAGAAGCGAUGUCUACAGUUUUGGGGUUGUUCUUCUAGAGCUACUAACAAGAAAGAAGGCUAUAUUCAUUGAUAAUCUUAAUGAACAGAAAGCGCUAUCGCAUGCCUUCCUCAUGACGUUUCACCAGAAGAAGCUCCGCGAUAUAUUGGAUGAUGAUAUAAUAGAAGAUGAAGUUACGGUGGUGCUCGAGAAACUAGCUGAACUCGUCAUGCAUUGUUUGAACCCAAGAGGAGAUGAGAGGCCAACAAUGAAGGAAGUAGCAGAGCGUUUGCAAAUGUUGAGGAGAAUCCAGAUGCAGCAAGUCACCACACCAAAUCCUAUGAGGACGCAAUACCCUGAUGGAGAAUCAUCAAUGUCUAUAGCUUCUGACGAAAUGAAAUACCAGAGCACCAACACAGCCAAAUUGGUCCUAGAUGUAGAUCGUGCAAGAUGA